UGGAUCCUUCGAGCUGUGCCAAUUCAUUCGUGCCAUUUUUAUCACAUGUGCUUCUUGGGUUAUGGCCUUUGGACCGACUGCAAGUGCAGAGCAUCCUCAACCGCGACGGCCAGAUCCGCAUUCCAAUCCAUGCUCUCCACCAUCGAAGUCUUCUCCUUUUCUUCGUGGUGAAUGUUUGCGUCUUCCAAAAGGGGAAGUGAAUUACCAACUGCAUGAGCCACAUCUGCCACAUGCUGAGAAUUCUGCGAAUUCUGCUGCGCCUCUGGUGGUUUGUCUUCACGGCCUGAAUGGCUCGGUGUCGAGCUUUGCAAAAAUCUCGCCAUUGUUGGUACAAACUGGCUUUCGAGUCCUUGUUUUUGAUUUGUAUGGAUUUGGCCUAAGCGCUUCACCCUCUGGACGAUUGGACGUUGAGAUCUACGUUGAUCAGGUGGUGAAGCUCCUUGAGGGCCUGAAAGUGCCUUCCACGGAGAAGAUCUUUCUCCUGGGCUUCAGCAUGGGUGGGGUCAUAGCAGUGGAAUUCACGAACCGUUUUCCAGAAAGGGUCCGACGAUUACUUCUGGUGGCACCAGGCGGACUCUUGCAGAGGUCGAAGACACCCUGCAAGCCGCUGCUGUUUGGUUGCCUGAGAACGCGCCUUGGAGGUUGCCUUCUUGCUGCUGCAACGCUCUUGGCCUGUUGCUGCAGCUGCUGUGUAAAGCGAUCUCUCAGGGGAGACAAGUUGGCGAAUCGCUUUGAGCUUGACGUUCGAGAACCUGUGAAGUUCAAGGAUGUGAGCCGUGAAAACGGCGAGCGAUUCUUGUGGAAUUUUCAUCGGUCGGUGAACGUCUAUUUGCGAGUUCUCCGCCGUAUGCCAUUGUGGUGUGAAGACUUUCAGGACUCCUAUGAAGCUUUGGCCAAAGGGAGGACUCCAGUGCUAUUCCUUUGGGGUGAUAGUGAUUGCACCGUUCCCUACAGCGAGGCAGAGCACGAGGUGAGGAAGCUCUUUGCACCUCGUGGGGUGUCCUGUUGCAUGCUGCCGGAGUCUGGACAUGGUCUACUUAUGGAGGAUGCGGUCCAAGUGAGCCAUUAUGCAGCUGCUUGGUUCUGCGAUUUGAAGGAUCCCACGUGGAAAAGCUGCCUGGAUCACUGGAGGCUGCAGGCAAACCCAGUGGCUUCUCAAGUGUAGAAUCGAUCGGACUCGCUGUCUGGAUAGAAUUGAUAGGACAUGAUAGGACCGUAUAGGACCUUAGAUAUCGAGGGGCCCUUUGGGGUAAAAAUUGUAAAGCCCGUAGAGGUUUCCAUUUAGUUUAGACAGCACAUUGAAAACCUUGUGCUGCUCAGUCCAAAGAGAUGAAAAAAACGGCUCAGUUUCCUGAAGCAGAAACUUGAGAUGUUGAGGACUCGGUGUCACAAGUGUCACAAGUGUCACGUGACAAAAAA